CAGGCAUGGCAGACGCAGACCUGGACUUCCAGACCGGUGAUGCAGGGGCAUCCUCCACCUACCCACAGCAGUGUUCGGCCCUGCGCAAGAAUGGCUUCGUUUUGCUGAAAGGCCGACCCUGCAAGAUCGUGGAGAUGUCCACCUCCAAGACCGGCAAGCACGGCCACGCAAAGGUGCACAUGAUUGGUAUCGACAUCUUCACUGGAAAGAAGUACGAGGAUAUUUGUCCCUCCACCCACAACAUGGACGUCCCCAACAUCAAGAGAAUGGAUUACCAGCUCAUUGGGAUCACAGAGGGCUACCUGUCUCUGCUCCAGGACAGCGGGGAGGUGAGAGAGGACCUGAAGAUCCCUGAGGGAGACCUGGGUAGAGAGAUUGAGCUCAAGCACGAAGCCGGAGAGGAGAUCCUGGUCACCGUUCUAAAUGCAAUGGAGGAAGAAGUCGCCAUCGGCAUCAAAGCCUUGGGUAAAUAAGCCACUGCAGGGGCACACGCGAUGCACUGGAUCCGGGGAAGAGGAGGGGACAUUGCCUCGUCAAUGCUACUCUCCCUCUUUUCUUUCUUUUUUGUCUUUUUAGGUUUUCAUACUCUCUCUCUCUUUCUCUCUCUCUCCCCUGCUCUGUUCUCCGACCUUCGGCUUCGAUUAGCGAUGAACUCGAUAGAACGAUUGGAAACUUGAAUUGUAAAAAAAACAAACAACAAAUGAUGUACAUUCACACAUGAUUAAAGCCACACAUCCAAGUCCAGAUGUACAGAUGUAAAGACGUGUCGAGGGAGGUUCUCUCAAUAAUCACUGAGUUGGUCUGCAAACACCCAAUUAGCUACCUUCCACCAGGUGGAAAAAAAAUCGUCUAUAACGUCACAGCGGUUCUGUUAUAUACGUCCCCCUGUUUUAUUAAGGGCUUCAACUGUAGACCUGCAGUGUUCUGUUGAGGCUUGUUUCAGUGCGUGUGUCCUACAGGACCGGACACGUGACUCGUUUUGUCUCUUCUGUACGGCGCCUUUUCUUUUCAGCGAUUCAUCUGAACAAGUCCGUUCUGCUGUUGAUUUCAUCACCUGAAACUUGUCUAUUAAACAAAAGGUUACCAACACGGCA